UCGAUAACGUUAUCUGUGGUCUGGAUUCCGAAGACUCGGUGCCACCGGAGAAGGUCGUUAUCAUUCUGUGUGCGAUAUCGAAACGGUAAACAGAAAAUGGCACCUCGUACCGAAUUACGAGAUAGACCGUGGGUUUAGCCUGUCUGUUAUUUCGCAGACGACGGACGAGCCGCGUUAUUCAGUUCAAUUGAACCAAGAGUAAAUUGAAGUAAUUUUCCUGUUUUAACUCGACGGACGCGUUUGGCGGUACGUCCAUAAGUGGUUCCGUUGGUUGAGAUGUGCAUCUUCAGAACCGAAAGAUCACGUGGAUUUUAUGCAGAUGGCUAACCCGUCACAAAGACAUCCGGAUCUGACCGAGAAAGGUAAAGUUCGCGUGGACACCGAACUGAAGAACAUGAACCAGAGUCAGGGGCAGAGCUCGGGGGCGGCCAGGAUGGCCCUGCCGGACACGGUCUGCAAGCCCAUACACUGCCACGAAGCCAGACAGAGGCACCAUCCGCCCGAUUUGGCCGGCAGCCCUUGGCACGUCAAGAAAACGAUAUUUUUAGUUGCGCUCAUAGUAUUAUUGGUCAUUUGGGCGAUUGUGUACGGGUUGCUGAAGCGGUACGAUAUCAUUUGACUGUGAUAUUUUGUGUUUCCAUUUGGUUGGAUGGUGGCAGUAUGCUACACACGAUUUUUGUAUAUAGAUACCUUCUGGUUACCGUCAUGUACAAUAUUUUUAUACGUAUAUGGAGCUUUAUUUAAGUUUUAAAUAAAUUAUUGUUAGAGAAA